UUAUCGGUUGUCAUUGGAGGUUGAGGGACUAGUGAGUGGAGGUAGUUGCUGCUGUUACACAGUAAUGCUAACGGGUGAAAUUUUGAAAGGAUAUAGUGACGUAUCUGUUUCUUCAAAUAUGGAAAAUAACAGGAACUGCCUGAGGAGGAUUGCCCGUCACGACGAUACUGAAUUCUCAAAUCAAAGUAUAAUGAACGCCAUGGAGAAAUUUGUGAAAGCUGUCAACGACAUGGACGAGACGAUACUGGUUCCAUGCAGGCUCAUGGACCUUAAAAUGGGAGAUGCCGGAGAUACCAUUGUAGAGAUGAAAACUUCAUCGAAUCAUCCAGGUAGUGCCAACAGCGGGAAACGAAGCAACUCCAGCCUAAAUGAUAUGGCAUCCACUGAUCUAUACAACCUAUAUACAAUGAUCAACUCUGUCAAGAAUGAGCUCUUGUGGGGACAGAGUGUGCCACCAGAAGAGGAUGACAAAGGACAGAAAUCCCAGAAUGGUGGAAGUGGUUCAGUAACCUCAACUACAGUUUCCCCUGCAACUGUAAAGGGCCAUUGUAGGCGUCCAUCAACCGUAUCAAUGACCUCAACAAACUCCAUAACUUCCAUUUCUGAUACCGAUUCUGAUGCAGGUAAUGAAAACGAUUCCGGAAUAGAAGCCGAAGAUAAUAAUAGACAAGGUCCUGACUGCUCGCUUCAAGUAGCUGAAAAUUUCCAUAGGCAUCUCCAUGGUCUUCAUCGCUCCCUCCAGCAGAUGACCGAGGCUGCUGUAUACCUGACACAACGUUAUCAAAAUGAUGUUGGUGGGGCCGUGUGAUUGUUUCUACCUUCUAAGACAACUGCAAAACCAAAGUUCAUGAUUGACUGUUGAGUCAUAGUCAACAAGAGUUUAAUUCAUGUUGGUGAAACUGACGUUAACAACUCAGGUUAAUUAAUCUGUGUUAAAAAAAUUGCAAUUCAUUUUGGUGGCAGAAAUUUAAUAUCAAUACAAGAAAUGAUAACAGGUUUUGUCGGUAGAAAUUCGUCUCCACACUCAUCCAUGAAUCCAUCUAUGUUAUCUAAAACAGGAAAUCUGAACAGUGCUGAUUACAUUUAAUUGCGGGGGAGAUAGGUUAAAUUAUGUAGUCAGGAAUAUCAGAUAGAUUGCACAGCUUUCCUCAGCGUAAACAACUCUGGUAUUAAAACUAUCUCUAUAUAUAUAUAUUUCUCUCUGUAACUGUGAUAUUGGCAAGAUGGAGACAUUGCUUAUUGCAGUUACAUGGACACAUCUUCUGAAAAAUUAUAUGCACAAGUGUGUGAUUUGUCAUUGUGCAGCGAGGUGUGUGGGGGAGCCUAUGUAUUUUUUGUGAAUAUGAGUUGGUAAUUUAUGUGUGAUCCUUUUGGUGCAAGAAUGUGGAGAGAGUGCAGUGAUGUGUGAAUAGCCUAUUAUUAUAACCCUUUUGGUGGCAGUACAGUACAAAAAAUAGUCACGUUGCCAGUUUCUGCAGUAUAAAUGUAACACAAUACUUAAUCAGCUACUUAUUCAAAUUUUGUUUUUAAUAAAUGAUUCAUGCAUUACAAGCCAGGAUCGUUUCAUUAAAGAUUAUUUGUUCCGCAUUAUAAUUUUGUCAAAACUGAGCCCCUUUCCAAAAUGAGGAACGUGUAUCCAAACGGAUGAGGCUGUCUUUCGGUGUGUUACCUAACCAGGAAAAAAAUGUAGCUUAAGUAUGCCUAGUUGUGCCGUCUUAGUAAUAACAUUAUUAAUUAGUUAUGUUUUAGGUCAGGAAAUGUCACAGAUGCUGGCCAUCCUAUUUCCAUUUCCUGUGUAGUUUGAAACAUGAGUAUGAAAAUGUUCUUGUCAGUAAGUUCACAUUUUGUAAUGCUGUAACAGGUAUUUGUUGUUUUUUAUUUGGAACGACGGAAAUGAUUGUACUAGGCCUCGUAAUUAGACUGAGAACGCAGCUGAAAAAUAAUCUAUUUGUUGUUUUAGAAAAAUUAAAGGCUGUCCGUCUUACACUUCUGGAUUCCUGUGAAUCAAUUAAAGCUUUAAAAGAUAAUUCUGUAUACUUGUAAAUUACUGAAGCACCAUUUUACAAGUAUGCAUACAAGUGCAUUUCUUGAAGCCAGGUUGAGACUGUACCCAUAAUGAGCUUCACAUUUCAGAAACACUUUCUCUUAAUAGUAUUUCAUUUUGUUCUAAAUGUUAUGAACAUGACAGUAAUUACUGAUAAGUAAAUUCUGGGAAGUUACAUUUUGUAUGAUACAAAAUGAUAUUUCAUUAAUGUGUGUAGAAAAUUGGAAAUUAAAUUGUUUUUCAGUUUUAGAAGUUUCGGCUUCCAUUUUAUACAUGUAUUAGCAAUUUUCUCAACUUUAUUGAAAUUUUUAUGGAGCCCAAAGUUUUCCAUUAUUCAGAAAUUUAUAUGUAUGUCAGGGAAUCUUUGUUACUGAAGUUCACUGAAUGUUUAUGAAAAAAAUUUGACCCAGAUGCCAAAAUAAAGGUGAAA